GGCCCGUGGUCGCCAGCGUUUGAUUUCCCACCCGACCCACGCUCCUUUUAAUGGGAAUUACCGCUGAUAGCAAAGGCAAGCCGGGACAACCCACCGCCCGACACUUGAGGGGAGGAAAACGCGAAGCGGACCCGACGUCAAUGACUGUUGCGGCAGAGGAGCCCCCACGGUGGAGUCGGCCGGUUCCCAAAAUAUGACCAGGGGUGCUGGGACGUGUUGGCAGCAAGAAGAUGACGACGGCUUCCAAAUCUGGCUAGAGCCCCCCCGCGACAACCAAAAGCCAUUCACCGACUCAGAGAGGGCGCAGAGAUGGCGACUGUCCUUGGCAUCCCUCUUGUUCUUAACCAUCCUCCUCUCUGAUCACCUGUGGUUCUGCGCCGAGGCCACGCUGGCCCGGACCCGGGACAAGUUCGCAUCCCCCCACCCUUUGUCACCUCAGACAUACUCAGCACACAGCAGCCUCAGAGGAAACCCAGAUGAUAUUUUUAUAGGAAACUCUACCAAACAUUUGUGGCGGCUCGAAACUUGCCACCGGGAUAGUUUAUCUAACGACUGCUUUACUUUCUUGGAUGCCGACGAGUUGUGCAAGGGCCUUUCCGACAGAGAGGGGACGCGGGCUGUAAAUAUGAGCAAUUUGUACCUUUCCUUUUGUAACUCCUACUCCUUGCUGGAUUUGUUGUACGGCUCGACGAGUCCGGACAAUUUGAACUGCAGCCUCGACGCGCUCGGCGACGGCGACGCGAACCGCUGCAGUCUGUGCGUCCAGGCGUACCAGCGCUACGACCAGCACGCCCAGGAGAAAUACGAGGACUUUGAGCUCCUCACUCAAAAAUACGAGCCGGGGGCAUAUUCGGUGAGGACGUGCAUGGCGCACUGCAAGGCGGCCUAUAAGCCCUGGCUGUGUGCUCAGUAUUUCCCCACCACCCAGCAGUCCUGCCAGAAGAAGGUGCCAUGCCACCAGUACUGCCUGGAGGUCCAGCAGAGCUGUCCGUUCAUCCUGCCCGAUAAUGACGACCUGAUCCACGGUGGCAGCCCCAGCUUCAUCUGCACAGGUCUCUUGGGAGAUCAUCCAUCAGACAGUGAGGCGGAGUGCUGUGACGUCCGAUGGGACUCCAAAAUGGACAACCCUUCAGGCGGCACGCUAAAAAGAACUGCUUCUUCCUGCCAGCCUGUGGGGGCUUCGGUCACCUCCGCUGCCACCCCGAGACUGUGCAGCGGGCGACUGAAGAUCUGCCUGCUGGCCCUUGUCCUCCUACACACUGUCAUUAUCAUUUCAGCCUCCCAUAAUUCUUCGUUGGUGGGCGUGGCUGCCAUUUUCUCGCCAGAGGAAAGUGCUUCUAAUGAGGAGUGAACCUUGGGUUGAAUCAGGGCUGGAGCUUGCGUAGAGCAAUUGUUGACAGGGAGGAAGACCAAGGCUUUUUACAGUGUCAUGGCUGCCAGGGACACAGCUGGUGAGAUGUGCUGGAAAUGCCUCCACAAGCCUGCUGCCGAUGAACCGCCAACCACAGGAAGUGGGAAGGUUUUAAUUGGAGCGGAGGGUGCUGAGAUUGGACAUCAACUGAAGAGAGAUGUUUGAGAACCACCACCCCUAAAAGAACUGACCUCUUGCCACUUGAAACCUGCUCAUUGUUUCUAUUCCAUCCAAAUGUUUUCUAGCAUAUUGUCCUCCCCUCCCCCAACCUCCCUCCCCUCCCUUCUCUCCGCCCUCCUCUGUCUGUUUUCGAUGUGUGUGUACGGAUAGCAUGUCAGAGGAAAAAAUGGACAUCGAUGAGGUGUUCAUGAUCUGAGUCCUGUGGAUCUAUGCAGAUGAACCCCACCCCAAAUCAACAUACCACUUUCCAGCACCGCCCCCACGCCAACCCAUCCACCGGCUCCUUGUCCUUUAUGUUGUAAAUAUGUCCUGAGGAUGUGGAAUCCCAAAUAUCUUCCCUAACCUCUCCCUUCUUCCCCCACUGUUGGAAUCUCACUGUGUUUUCUGUUCGGCUCCUUGGUUUUUGUCUGUUUUUUGAGACCUUUGCUGCAUUUUUCUGUUGUCUAAAGCUGUGGUGUGAGUUGAGGAGAUGAAAGAGGUAUUAAAGGAAAAUAUACAAAAAAUGAAGCUUGGAUUGAGAAAAGGGUUCAAAUAUAGAGGAAAAAAAUCUGAUAAAGUUGUCAUAUUGUCAUACUAGAGAUGCUUUAGUUUGCUAAUUUACUUUCUUUUUUUUCUACAAAAGACUUGGAUGAAAUUAUUUAUAAAAUGCGUCC